AUGAAAGCGAAAAUAGAGCCCGAUGAAGUGUUGGAGGAAGGGCUGAAGACUUCACUCCCUUCCUCCUCGUCCUCUACCUCCGUGUCCAAUACAUCCUCUUCCUCAUCUGGGGUUACCAUACCCGCACCCGCUGAUAGUAACGUGUACACUCAGUUCAACUACCUGUAUCCUGUUACCACCGCCUCUUCCUCCAGCGCUGAUAACAAUGAUAGUGGUGCUCCGUCUUCUUCAAGUUUUAUCGGCCUUCCGUACUGGUCUAUGCCUUCUGCAUCAGCGGCAUCAACUAUACCCGGUAACGGAGGCGGACUAGAUAUACCCAGAUAUGAACAAUAUCCCGCUUCGGGUUACUAUCAGCAACCCACAGAUGCUUCAAGAUCGCCCUAUACUCCGAUGAUCAUUCCUCAACAAUUGAAUCCCGGUUACUACGGUCAGACCACAUCAAUGCCAUUGCCACCUCAGCAACCACGACCGCAGACAUCACAAAUGCACCUAACACCUAAGUACCCACAGCCACAGGCGAAGUCAAGUGUGAAGAGAAGGGUCCACGACACUAUCGCCACCAGUUCCGCCAAUCCCACUCCCACCAGGCAAAGGAAAAAAGAACCCUACAUUCCGAGCUACAUGGACACCACGAAUGGACCUGAACCGUGCGUUGUUUGUGGUGACAACGCAACCGGCUUUCAUUAUCGUGCGAUGACUUGUGAGGGCUGCAAAGGAUUCUUCCGCCGUUCAGUGCAGAAGAAACUCGAGUACACCUGUAAAUUCAAUGGAAACUGUUCCGUGGGUGACAAGCAAAACCGAAACAGCUGCCAGAAGUGCAGAUUUGACCGAUGCAUCAAGGGUGGAAUGGCAAUGGAUUUGGUACUGGACGAGGACAAACGUCUAGCAAAGCGGCGAUUAAUUGAGGCGAAUCGGGCUCGAAAACAGGCAGAAGCGGCUAUGGCGGCUCCACAACAGCCACCUCCACCUCAACCACUGCCACAGCCGAGACAAACUUUAAUCCCGAGCACAUUUUCACCUACUACUUCUUAUCUCCCUCACAAACCUGAGACAAUCAAUCCCUCCGAUUUCCUUUCCUCCUCGCCUUCUUCUUCAUCAGCCAACUCCAGUCUCUAUUGGAAUUCGGCAGGGGUCUCUCACAACCUGCCCCACCAGCAGUAUCCCUCUUCCUCCUCCACUUCAAUGGUACAGUAUCAACAGUCCCAACAGCAACCUCAGCCAGAUGCAAAUUUUCAUAUCCUGGAGCAGGUUUCACAAUUGAUGCCGUCGAAGGAGGCUGCGAUUAUGGCAGCAAUCGCAGCAGCCGCGGCAUCGGCUUCAACAUCGGCCUCACCCCAGAAAUGCGAUACUCCUACCAACACCAUCACUACAACGACUACAAUAACCAGACCCUCCACGAGUUCGGAGGCCAAAGUGCGGAAUACCUCGGCAGCGACGAGUGCAACGUCAAUGGCGUCAGUGGCCCCAGCGACAGCUGUGGCAGCAGCAGCGUCCAGCUCCGAUGAGGUUCCGCAACCUGCUCCAGGUUUGGAAUCCUCUGCUGCCAUUGUAACCCCCUCUGUUAGCGCUGCCGCUUCGGCUGCAGUUAGCAUGGGCUCUGCGAGCUACAAUGGAAUUGCCAAGGCGCUGACCGAAGCCUACAAGUCAAUGUCUAUCACCGCUGUGAAGAUAGGAGAUGCCAUGAAAAAGAUAAGUGAGAACAAUGAUGCCGAUCAAUCAGAAAAGAUGAAUACCCUUCUAGAAGUAGUCAGUAAUGUCAUCAAAUCAAGGAUCUUGGACGUCUUGUCGUUUGCCAAAUUCGUGCCUGGAUUUUUGCUGCUCUCCGUCCGAGAUCAGACACGUCUACUACAAUCGUCUCUACUCGAUAUUCUCACACUACGCGCUGUAGAAGCUCUUUCCAGGAAAAUGGCUAGAUCAACUAUUAAUCGUGAGGAAGAUGACAGUGAGAGUGACAACCAGUCAGUCACCACAAGCAAAGCUUACGCCUUUAUUGCCAGAUCAGCUGAUGGAAAUUCAAAAGCCAUUCGUGAUUUGGCAAGGAAGGUUCUGCUUUGGAAGUUGGAUGUAACAGAGCUUGCCCUCGUAGCCAAUCGUAGUGAUGUUAGUGACCCUGGCGCUGUAGUGGCCAUUGAGACGCUGCUAACCAACGUGCUUGUCUCCCAUGUGAUGAAGGGCAAUAUGGACGGCGUCAAAUUGAGAAGGCUGUUUUCUAUGUUCUCCGAGAUUCACAGUAUCACCAUUCGGAAUAAGGAGGAGUUUGUGGAACAUUUACACGACGAAGUGGAUACCAACGAGCACAAGUACUUGAGUGAAAUCCUAUUGGCUGGGAGUGAGGAUGAGGAGAGCGUGAUGGUGAAGAGCGAGGAGGUGGCCAGUACCUCCACUUCUAAGUAUGUUCGUACGGCCUAA